AAGCUUUUUAUUUAGUAAACACGGAAGAUGUUAUCAGUUAUUUGCAGGCGCUCUCCUACAGUCGUCGUCGAGUGUCGCAUUCUAAGGAAUAUCGAUGUAAAUAAAAAUCUUAUGGAUAACCACUGCCGUAAAGAUUAUCAGACUGAUUAGACUGCAUGAUAUUAAAAAAAACGUGAUAAUUUAUUUGAUUGGUGUAAACAGUUUCGACAGGGAGUAAAAUCUUUAGUAUUUACAGGUUGGAAAAUCGAAUUAGCAAGUAGAAAUGACACACAAGUGCUUUGUCAACUUGGCAACGUAUUGUUUAACAGCUGUCCUAGUGGUUACAUUUCCUGAAGAUGUGUAUAAAAAGGAUUAUCGCUGGAUUGAGGAAGGAGAUAUAAAUAUCGGGGUUAUACUCUCCAUCCAUUCUUCCAAUUCUUUGUUUAAUUGUACGGACAACAUUGAAGACAUACGCAACGUGCAGAAUGUGGAAGCCCUAAGUUACGCAGUUAGGGAAAUAAACAACGAUAUUAAUAUUUUAUCAAAUCUAACUCUUGGAUUUGUUGUUCUAGAUGACUGUCAGUCACCAUCCAUAGCCCUUGCUAGAGCCAUUCAGUUCAUGCCGAGUGACAUUCGAUCUAAUACAGAUAGCUCUGUGGUAGGGCAUACCGAUUUUGAAAGGACAUUUUAUGAUGUAAUUGGAGUAAUCGGAACGUAUACAAGUAAAUUAAGUAUAAUAAUUGCAAAUGUUCUCAAUCUGUUCCAACUGCCUCAGAUCAGCCACACAGCCACUAGUGAUGUACUUAGCGACAAAAGUAGGUUUCCAUAUUUCUUUAGGAUGGUUCCACCAGAUCGUUACCAGGUUAAAGCGAUAGCAAGCUUACUACGACACUUUGGUUGGAGUCACGUAUCCAUUGUUUAUUCAGCGGGAAACUAUGGCGGAAACGGUGUCAAAGAACUACAGAACACAUUCCAAGCCAUGAAAAAUGGUGUAUGUAUUGAGGACGUGAUUGAAAUAGCUGAUGGGUCAACUGAAAAAGAUUUCCUUGAUAUUCUGAAACGGUUAGACUCCUAUAAGGAUACACGUGUAGUUGUUGCCUAUGUUGAGAUAGAGCAUGCAAUAGCUAUAAGUAAGUCUGUAAAAGCUGCUAGACUUGUUAACCGGUUUAUAUGGGUUGGCACAGACAGUUUGAGUUUGAUCUUAGAAGAACACCCUACCCUUUGUGAUAACAUGCCUAGUUCCAUAUCAAUGCAUCCUCACGCCUUAAAUGUUAGCACUCAACGCUUUACAGACCACCUUACUCAACUACAGACCGAGGACUCAGCGGGAAUAAGCAAGAACCCUUGGAUAGCAGAUUUGCAAAAAUUCUAUGGAAAGCCGACAAAUGAUAAUUUGAACUCUACAUUCUUAGUUCGUAAACCAAAAUUCUUUUAUAAGUAUAACGAUAAGAGAGUAAGGUCAAUAAGGUCAACCUUUGUAGAUGCGUUUCUCAUUGACAGUGUAUAUGCAUUAGCCUAUGCGAUAGACAGUGUUGUGAAAACUGAUUGUAACCCGACCAAGAUAGGGCGAGAACACGUUGCAGAAUGUGUGUCAACAAAAGGUAUAUUUAAAGAAUUGAAAAAUAUAAAUUUUAACGGGAUACAAGGAGAACUUAAGUUUAAUGAAGAUGGUGACAUUCUGACACAGUACGAAGUACAUCAGUGUUUCGCAAAGGAUUUAGACCGACCUCCGGAAAUAAGAUCAGUUGGAAUCUGGGAUAUGGAUGGGGAAGUAUUGAAAAUGAAUGACAGAGACUUACUCUGGACACGUGAAACCUUUCCAUCUUCAUCGUGUCCCAAGCCGUGCUCGGACACUAUUGGAACAAUUUAUUACUUUAUGAAACAGACAUGUUGCCACGUUUGUGUCACGUGUAAACUUAAUGAAAUUGUUGUCGCAAACGCCACCAGGUGCGAAAUAUGUCAGGAAUUUUAUUGGCCUGAUAGUCUGACAAGAACAAAAUGCUUAGCAAUCCAACCGGUUUAUUUCGGCUUGCAGAACGCUGUAUCUAUUAGUCUUUGUGCUUUUGCAAUUGCUGGUGCUCUGUCGUGUUUUUGGAUCAUUGUCAUUCUUGUCAAAUACAGGGAUGAACACGUGAUCAAAUGUUUUAGCAUAGAACUAAGUGGCAUCAUCUUACUGGGGACGCUUCUCACAUACGGACUUGCUGCAAGUUUUCUCUCUCGUCCAAACGAAUGGAAAUGCUACAUAAAUUAUGUUGGCUUCAGUCUUACCUAUACCUUGAUAUAUUCACCUUUACUUGUGAAAACCAACCGAAUCUACCGAAUAUUCAAUGCCGGAAGGAGGACUACAAGGAAACCGUGUUUUAUCAGCACAAGUUCUCAAGUCGUCUUCUCAUUUGCCCUCAUUUUUACUCAGGUUGCAAUAGUUAUUAUGUCAACAAGUCUACAGCCGCCAGAAGUGUCUUUACACAUGCCACGACGAACAGAGAAAUUUGUGGAACUAUUUUGUAAUCUCCCCCAUGCCGGACUACUUUCAUCGCUAUCGUUCAAUCUUAUUUUAGUCCUUAUCUGCACGUUUUACGCAUUUAAGACCAGGAAACUACCAGAUAAUUAUAAAGAAUCUCGUUAUAUUGCAUUCUGCGUUGAUACCACCCUUCUAAUAUGGAUCACAUUUGUUCCAACAUAUUUCACAACGACCACUGCAGCAGCUAAAACAACAAUUCUUGCAGUGUCAUUAUUAUUAAAUUCCUCUGUAACAAUCACGUGUCUCUUUAUUCCAAGAAUACAUUCGUUAUACAAAAGCCUCAAGAAUUGUUCAACUGCUAAACAUCAUUAUAAAGAUUUUAGAAUUGUGAAACAUGUUGUAAAGCGGAAAUAUUCUCCCGAUAUGGAAAUAACCGCGCGGGAGUCGUUAUCCGGCAUUGAAAAACGCAUUUCAAAUGGAUUGAGAAGUAGUUCUGAGUUAAUGUCACGUGAUACAUCAGCUAACAAUAUGACUGUUAUAGACGGGUUAGAACUUGAAGAGAUUUCUCAAACGGAUGUUAUCCGAACAUGCCAAACACUUGUAGACAUGCAUGUUUUGGAGUCAGAAAUUGAAAAGCCUUCGUUUCAUCUGGAUGAGUGAUUGACGAUUCUUUGUCUUUGUAAUAUCCUUGUCAAAUCAAAUGUAGUUUACAUUAAUAUUUCUCCACAAGAAUGUUCUCAGUAUAUAAACACGAAAAGUGUAUUUUGAUAAAAAAAGACCAAACGAAAUAGUAUUGAAGUUAGGCGUAAAAAAUGUUCGUUUCCGGUAUCCAAACCUACCCUAAAUUUUUGGCCCGAGCCUAAAUGUUUUUAUGGCCUUGGAGAACAUUUUUUUAACUUUUUAACAAAAAAUUGCAACACUUUUUAUGCUUUAAACAUGGUCAGUGAUGUUAAAAAUCAACUUAGUGAUCCUCUAAAGGCAUAAUUGCCUGAUUUGUAUUCAUUUUUUGACACUAAAAUAAUUUCCGAAAAGUCUCCCUUAAUAAAAAAAAAAAUAAAAAAAAAAACAUUUCCGACCUACUUAUCCUAAUUUUUUGAUCAUGUUACCGGAAACAAAGAUUUAUUUAGGCCUUAUGAACAUAGAUAAAUCUAUAUAUUUUUGUAUGUCAGAGUAUUAUUUAUUUCCAUGUAAUAAAAUGUCUUUUAUUUAAAUAAACAUAAGAACUGCCUUA